AUGGAUCCCCAAGUCAGAGUCGGAGUUGGAGUCUUCGUACUCAACCCCAAUGGCAAAUUCGUUAUCGGCAAGCGACAAGGAAGUGUUGGUGCCGGUAUGUUUUAUCCGAAUCUCCUUAGCAUUCCCGCCCCUCUUGCCUCCUGCACAUGGGCUCUACCAGGCGGUCAUCUCGAAUUCGGUGAAUCAUUCGAGACCUGCGCUGAGCGCGAAGUUCUCGAGGAAACCGGGCUGAAGAUUUCUGAUGUGCGGUUCCUGACCGCCGUGAAUUCAGUCAUGGGAGAUGAGAAUAAACAUUACGUUACUAUCUUCAUGGGAGCUCAUAUCCAUGAAAACGAGGAACCGAAGAUGGGAUACAAGGCUUACGUUUACUUGUUUUCAAAGAUUCUUGAGCCGGAAAAGUGUGAGGCCUGGGAAUGGAUUUCGUGGGAUGAGAUGAAGGCUGGUGUGGGCGGGGGGUGGAACUUAUUUAUGCCUCUUUCGGAAUUGUUCAAGCAGCGUCCGGAGUUUCGGGUGUGA